GAGUAAAUGAGGAGAGGGAGAGGCAGAGGGGUAAUGUGAGGAGUGGAUGGGAUUUGGGGGGUUGAAAAGUCGGAUGGUGGGUGAUGAUGAAUGAAAAGCGAGGAGAUGAGCAUGGCAACUUGGUGCUCAUCCUGCAGGUGCAGCUUCAUCAUUAAAAACAGCUUCUCUGAAUAUGGACCUUCCAACCACCCUAACCAAUUCUCCAGAAGAUCGUCCGCCGCGCUUCUCGUUUCCGCCCUCCCCCUCUCCUUCCUUUGCCUCCCCACUCCUCCUGUCGUCGCUCGCGACAGACGCUUCAGCUCUACCAUCCCCAUUCAAGACUACCUUUCUUCCAUUGAUGGAUUGAAAUACUACGAUUUGGUUGAGGGAAAGGGUCCUGUAGCUACUGUUGGCUCCUUCUCGCAGGUGCACUUUGACUGCAUAUAUCGUGGAAUUACGGCGGUAUCGAGCAGAGAAUCUAAACUCCUUGCCGGAAAUCGUAUUAUAGCUCAGCCUUAUGAGUUCACGGUCGGAUCUCCGCCUGGAAAGGAACGGAAACGCGAGUUUGUAGACAACCCGAAUGGUCUAUUCUCAGCCCAAGCAGCACCGAAGCCUCCCGCUGCCUUGUAUUCCGUAACGGAAGGGAUGCGGACCGGUGGAAAGCGAACUGUGAUUGUCACUCCCGACAAGGGAUACGGCCAAAAGGGGAUGAAUGAGAUUCCGCCCGGAGCUACGUUUCAACUCAAUAUUGAACUUUUGCAGGUAGUACCGACUGAAAAGUGAAAUCGAUUUGAUCCCUGGAUAGACAUCUUGAUUAGCCUUACACUUGUGAUGCCUCGACGCUUUUUUCCCCCUUCUUCUCGCGGGAAGGGAAGCGGAGAGAAUGUCUCAAAGCAUGAACCUUCAUUCUUUGGGAUCGCCAUUGUAAUUGUAAUUCUUGUUUGCCUUUUGUCCUUGGCCCCGUGCUAGCAUGUUGUGGUACUGUUGUUAUGACUCAGAAUGAGGCAUCUUUAUUUGACAACAUAAUUCACAGAUCAUCUUGGUUUGUAAA